AUGGCCGCAAGAACAUCAAUCCCUCUCUUCCCUUUCUUCAUCUUUCUCUUCUUCUCCAUCUCACCACUCACAUCCCACUGCUUCAAAAUCACGACUCAGCUCAUCCACCGCGACUCCCACCUCUCCCCUCUCUACAACGCCUCCUUAACCGCCGCCGACCGCGCCGGAAGGAUCGUGGAAUCCUCCCUCGCCCGCCGCGCCUACCUUUCGGCGGUCAACGACGACGAGCCGGAGGAUAGCAUCGUCGGCGGGAUCGAGGCCAGGCUGGUAUGGGGAACGAAAUACAACAUAUUCUACGUCAGAUUCUCCAUCGGCCAGCCGCCGGUGAAGCAACUGGCGCUGCUCGACACCGGCAGCGACUUGCUGUGGUUGAAGUGUCCGCCGUGCAGUCCUUGCCCCGUCGACUCUGGAGCCACCUUCUUUUAUUCCUUCGAGUCAAAGACUUACUCUCCACGGCCGUGUACCACCGCCUGCAAGAAAUGCACGGACUACCUCGGCGGCCAGACUUCGGAAGGAGUCUACGCCACCGACCAGCUGGUCUUCGGGACGACCGACGGCCGGUGCACCGUCGUCCCCAAAGUGCUCUUCGGCUGCUGCAGCAAGCUGACCGGACCGAACGUCCUUGACGGUCAAGUCAACGGAGUUCUGGGGCUGGCCGGAGGCAGUUAUAGCAGUCUGCCUAGAGGGGAGGAGUCGAUUGUCACCCGACUGGGCAGCAAGUUCUCGUACUGCGUCGGCAGCCUGGCCGACGUCACGUACCCUCACAAUCGGCUGUCUUUCGGGGAUGCCGUCGACUUGGUCGGAGAUUGGACGCCGUUGUACCUCGAUCAUGGCAAUUACUACGUCCAGAUGUUCGGUAUCAGCUUAGGAGGCAAGGUCAAAAAAUAG